AUGAUAUCUCUAUUCUCUAACCUUUCUCCUACAAUCAUCCCAAUGCACAACUGGCAUUCAGCUCUUGCGGGUAACAAUGUCCCCCAGGAUAAAUCUAACUCCACCGAACGAGGUAUCCGAAUGACGGGGACCCUGUUUGGAGAGACGUCCGUGCAGGAGUUCAAAGAUCUCCGGCAAGCGAGUUUAGCCCGCUUUGUCUGGAUCGACUCCAUGAACAACUUUCAUACCGAAAUGACCCGUCAAGUUGCCACUACCUCUCUGCCGUCUCAUGCAUCAGAUGUGACCAUAUCCAAGCCUUCGGACCAUGUGGCGCGGUACGGUCUUGCGCGCCUGACGACUUGCUGCAGCCAUCGUAGAUCUUCUAAAGUGCUGCUACUUUUCGACCUCGGUAUGCAACCUGGUGCGGUGCCAUGCGGCAAGCUACUCGAGUACCUGCUCGUUCUUACACCGUACCAGUUCCGUAUCUCGAGGUGUAAUUACAAGCAUUUCGAUUGA